CCGCAGAUGAAGAGGAGGCGGUGGCAGUGGUGGAAGAAGAGGCGGCGGCGGCGUGGGUAGGGAGCCUGGAAACGCAAGCGGGGAUGGUAGGUGGUUUGGACCCGCCGGGCCGCCGUCGUUUCCAGAAAGGGUUUGACUGGAGGAACCUCUGGAGCAGCUGUUGGCUAGCUCCUCUGGCUGAUGGCAUGUUGAGGUACGUGGGCCAGUGGCAGCGAGGGCAUCCGAGCCAGAGGGGGCCACUCUAAAGGCCGGGCCACCAGCACCAUGGGCCAGUGUGUCACCAAGUGCAAGAAUCCCUCAUCAACCCUGGGCAGCAAGAAUGGAGACCGUGAACCCAGCGGCAAGUCACACAGCAGACGGGGUGCAGGCCACCGUGAGGAGCAGGUGCCACCCUGUGGCAAGCCAGGUGGGGACAUCCUGGUCAACGGGACCAAGAAGGCGGAGGCUGCCACUGAGGCCUGCCAGCUGCCAACAUCCUCGGGAGAUGCUGGGAGGGAAUCCAAGUCCAAUGCUGAGGAGUCUUCCUUGCAGAGGUUGGAAGAACUGUUUAGGCGCUACAAGGAUGAGCGGGAGGAUGCAAUUUUGGAGGAAGGCAUGGAGCGCUUUUGCAAUGACCUGUGUGUCGACCCCACAGAAUUUCGAGUGCUGCUCUUGGCUUGGAAGUUCCAGGCUGCAACCAUGUGCAAAUUCACCAGGAAGGAGUUUUUUGAUGGCUGCAAAGCAAUAAGUGCAGACAGCAUUGACGGAAUCUGUGCACGGUUCCCUAGCCUCUUAACGGAAGCCAAACAAGAGGAUAAAUUCAAGGAUCUCUACCGGUUUACAUUUCAGUUUGGCCUGGACUCUGAAGAAGGGCAGCGGUCACUGCAUCGGGAAAUAGCCAUUGCCCUGUGGAAACUAGUCUUUACCCAGAACAAUCCUCCCGUAUUGGACCAGUGGCUAAACUUCCUAACAGAGAACCCCUCGGGGAUCAAGGGCAUCUCCCGAGACACUUGGAACAUGUUCCUUAACUUCACUCAGGUGAUUGGCCCCGACCUCAGCAACUACAGUGAGGAUGAGGCCUGGCCAAGUCUCUUCGAUACCUUUGUGGAGUGGGAAAUGGAGCGAAGGAAAAGAGAAGGGGAAGGGAGAGGUGCACUCAGCUCAGGGCCCGAGGGCUUGUGUCCCGAGGAGCAGACUUAGUGGCUCUGUCCCAGGAGCAGCAGCAAGGAUCUGCCCGCUGCCCUGCAGCCAACCGAGGAAUUGGACCUUUGUGGAAAUUACUGAAGAUCCGGAUAUUUUCUACUUUACACCUUUCUCUGCCUUGUAUCUGAAAGGGCUCUAAAAUGCUGUAUCAUGUUUUAGGCACUUUCUUCAUUUUUUGGUUAUUUUGGUUAUUUCUUUUUUGGGGGGUCCCCCAAAAUAUUUGAACCUGGCUACAUGUUGUGUACCUUUUUUUGAAGCCUUCAGAUAGAAUAAGCCUGCCAUUUCUUGCACAAAUUAGAUUUUUUUGUGUGGGGGAGGGUGUAGAACAGGGUGGGGGAUGGGACUGUUAGGUUGAAUUAACAUUACAAAAUGAUACAGUGCCAGAUCUCAGUUUUGCAUAUUGUUUUUCAGGGCAGGUCUGUACUGUGUGUAGUGCUGUUUACAUGGUUGAAUUUAGGUUGUAAUAAUUAUUUUUAAAGAUUUACACAGAUUUGAAUAGCAGUGUUAACUGUUAACCACAUUGCAUUAAUUCCCAGACCAUUUAGAGCUCUUGGAGAGCCCAUGCCCACCAAGAGUGUUUAUAGUCUGGUGACAACCCCCUUUUAAGCUAAUUUAUCCAAAACCCUUAUUUCCCUCACUUCUUGCUCAUUCCUCCUUUGACCUAUUGCAUUUCAUGUUGAGUUUAUCCAUCAACAUGCUGUACCUGUCAGUCAAGUGAGCAGUUUUUUUUUUAAAAAGAACAUACUGUACUGAGAACCACUUAAGCAUUGAAUGCAGAGAAAGCAGUGCUACCUCAGUUUUGCUGGAAGUAGACUUCUUUGAUAGUUUUCUUUCUUUGAUGAAGUUUCUGUAUUUUCAUAUUGAAAGUGGAAAUACCUUUUUUUUUUUCCCAUUUGCCUUGGAGCCAAAGUUUCUGUUCCUGGUGGUCGGGAAACUGUGCCAGCCGGCCAACUGACUUGAAGGAAAACUGUGGUAUGGAGCUCUGCUUGAAUUUUUUUUUUUUUUUCUUUGAGAUAUCAUCAGCUUACUUGUCUGGCAAGUGCAGAAGCCUGGGGUUGGCUUGAACUCUGCCAAACAAAUAUCAAAGUGUAUUUAAUAGUUAAAUGUGUGCCCUUUCCCUUCUUGCUGCACCCAUGUUGUCACUUAACCCCCAGGAGUUAUUUAUUAUCUUUUUGUUAAUGUCAGGCUCAUUUGGGGUAAUGUGAUGACUGUUUAGGUUUACAUGAUCCUCCUCUCCUUUCCCUACCCCCAAAAUGUAUAUAUACAUAUAUAAAAUAUGUAUAUAUUUUACCUAUAUAAAAUAUAUAUAUAUACACAUAUAUGUAUCUAUAUUCCUUUGUUUCUUUGCCUGCUAAAACUGGCCAUAAAAGAGGGAGCUGCCUUCAAUAUAUAAAGUAUAAGAAGAGUGCCAGGGAAUGUCAUUACGGAGGUUUUCAAAUAUGAAUUUGGACCAUUUUCACUAAGAAGAACAUGACUUUGGUUAGCCCUUUCCUCAUAAGAGGGAGGGCCCAGUCCUCAGACUCCUUGCGUGCUUGCUCCAGAAGGCUGGCUUUGGCCAGACUGCCACAGGGGCAGAGGAGCUGACUCUGGUCCUACCUGGUUUCAGUAGAGGGUCCUCUUGUUAUUUUUCCAUUUAAAAAAAUAUGUCCUUAAAAAACUGUACUGGACAGGUGGGUGGCAGGAACUUGUGUAGUUCAGCUUCCAACACUUUGGAACAGAUUAAAAAGGGAAUCUUUUAAAUAAAAACUUACAAAAAAUAUUUAUACUCUUGAGGUAAUGAGAUUUUGUCUAUUAAACAUUUGGAGUUUCUCCCCUCUACCUGCCAGGUAUGUUUUUCAACCUGGGCAGGAAUUGCACGUUUUGAUUUCCUAUAUUAGUAGCCUUACAGCUCUGGGCUCCCAUCUUUACAAGGAUGAUUAUUUAAGGAGUUUCAGCAGUCGAUGUUUUUAUAAAAUUGAUAUUGAUAUAGAGAACAUACUUGGAAUUUGCUUUUUUUAAAAAUUCUAAACCUGACAGUUCCUCCUUUCAGCAGGGCAGAUGGUAAAUUUUAAAAGCAUCACCAGUAGGUUCACAAUACUGGAAGGUUGAAGGGGGUCUUUGGCCAGAUGUCUGGCUUUGUUCUAGCUAAAUAAGACACAAGACCCUUAUAUGAGAGCUUCCAGGGGCCCGAGCAGGUUCUGUGGACUCAACUGCAGUUGAGGUACCCAGACUGAGGUCUUAAAAGGACCACCUUUUCAUCCAGCCAGUUUGCAACCUGAUUUUCCCAGUUCUGGAUUGGGUAGAGGUUGAAUGAGGGGAAAAGCAGGCUGCUGCUACCUGGUAAUGCUCUUUCUGUCCCAUAUGAGGAGGGUGCAUGGGAGAGAGGUGCACAGAAGAGGGAGGCAGCUAAGGACUCUGGAGGAACUAGAUUCCUUCCCCAGCCUAUGAGAACACAUUCCACACAUUAAGUGUAUUAGAGUGGGUGGCUUUUGUUUUAUUUUUAAAUUAACUAUUCAGCUCUGCCACCCCCCACAAAAGAGCCAAUUAAAAAUUAUUUUUGGUUAUGGUUUUAAUGGUCCAUUUGUUACAGAAAUGCAAAUGAGAAGCCAGAAAAGGGAGCAGUCAGGAAGGGACUUACAAGUUUCUUCCAGGUUUUAGUCCUGGAUUUCAAGCUUCUACAGUAGCUCUGGGCCAAUGCUUGACUCUUUCAUGAGCACAGGAAGAGCAGUUUUUUUGCAAACGGAUCCAAGGUGAGGUAUGUGUAGGGCCUGCAGUUAUACUUCUGCGAAACGAAAAGCCUUGUUCCUCUCAACCUUAGAAAUAGAUUUGCUGCGUAAUGGGUAAGCAGUAAUUCUGUAGAGAAGACAAAUGCCCCUCAGAUAAAGCCAGUGCACCCCUCCUUAGCAAUGUCACACCCGUGUGCUGUGGAGGACAGGAUGUGGAUGCCAUUUUGAAGACAGGCACAUCUAAGGGUGACUACCACAAACUGAAUAUUUGUGUUGGGAGAUUACUUGGUUUUAGCAAAUGGCUUUGUGAGAUUCUGUGGUGUUUCUUUAGCAAUUUAUUAGAAAGCUGGUAUGAGUUGAAGUAUUGCUUCAUUGACUUGCUCUCUCCCUCAUGCUGGAUUGCCAAAUUUGAAUGUAUCAUUGUCAACCCCACCUUCUGUACUGAUGCUUUGCUAUCCUUCAGCUGAUUUCCUCAGCAGCUCUCCCCUCAUCCUGCCAGAUGUGCCCACAUGUGUGAGUUGAGUCCAGAAACUCUUAUCUGCUCUUCUGAUAAGGGAAGAAGAAAAAUCUAGAACUGGUGAAGAUCUAAAUUUCAACCAAACCUCCAAGCCCAGGGAAAUAUAAUUAAAAAUGUAUAAGGCAGUGUUUUUAAUAUUGAACUUCCCUAAAGAAGGCUCAAACCAGCCUUCUUGGAAAGUAAGAAAGGAUUAAGCCACACAGUAUUAGUCUUUGAAACAGUACUAAUCUCCCAGGGGCUGGUGCCAAAAUCUGGUCCUCAGUGCUAUAGGCUGCAAGGUGUUGCAUGCCAUAGUUUACUUGAUGGCUUCCUAUGCUAUAUACACCAUGCCAACUUGUAUUAAACAAUGGUGGGAAGUUAUUGGGAUAAGGACUGGUCUAAAAGUUUACAAUUCAAAACAUAUGUCUAGGGCCGUUUAUUUUGCCAUAUUUCAAGUGAAAUUUCAGUGUAGCAAAGCCCCAAAGGUAGAGUAAUUAUACAAUUACAAGAUAAAGGCUGGAAGAAAGCUGCUGCUAGGGUUUUUGCUUUUUUUUUUUUUUUUAAGUAGCCUGCUUUGCUGUUUUUCUUGUGUCUCCUAUGUUUGGUUAGUUAUGACUUGAACAUCUUGGUAACUGACAAAGGUCUUCCUUGGGGGACUACAGCAAUAUCUUGUUUAAAUGGCUGAAAGGACUAUUAAAGUUAUUGAAGUAUGUUAAUUGGGACUCAUUUGAGGACAUGUGACAUUGAACCUCCUCUUACUAAACAGUGUUUUCUGAGUCAUAUAAAUGGGGUUCCCACCCCUUCUAACCCCCUUCAAAGUUUAUUCCUAUGGUAUUAACAUAUAUCCAGUUUAAUCUGGACUGGGACUGCACAUUGGUGAGGAUCAGCAGGGUUUCCCCCCACCACCUCCGAAGGAUGAAAUAAAUAGAUGUUUGGGCACUGGUUGCAGAAGCCAAGGUGGUUUGAAUAGAUUUGAGUAACCAUUGGGUUCUGCUUCUGAUUCAGGUGCUAGGGCAUGUCCUCCCUAUUCCUCUCUUCUUGGAAACCCAACCUGCUCUCAGAUGCCUAUUUCCACCACCCAUCUUCUUUUCUUGAUACUUUCAACACAAAUCUUGGAUAUUGCCAAAGGAAGCCAUUCAGCAGCUGCUGCAGAUCCCCAUCACCCCCCCCCCACACACACACACACACAUACAUUAGCUCUGGGAGAAAUGUCUUCCUUCUGAACCUGGUCCCCAGCUCCCAGUCUGUAAUUAAUUGCUCUUACCUGUUGCACUAAUUCAAAGGGGGAAUGUGAAGCAAUAGGCAAAUGGGGCUUGGAUGAAUUGGUCCCACAGAUACCCUGCCUUAAGCCGCUGAGGUGAUGAGUCCACUGCUCAUGUGACCCUCCACCUUUGUGGAUCCCUCUUGGUUUGUGACCAGUGUGUCUGUUUCUUGAGGUUGUACAAACUUGACAAAAGUUAAUACUUUUGUUUGUAUUCUCUGCACUGUUGCACUCUCCAAAUGGCCCCUUGAAUAUUUUUAUUAACUUGUUACACACAUUUUUGUCUUUGAUGUCUACAUUAUUUUUUUCUUUUAAUGUUUUUUUAUUUGGAAGGUUACCUGCUGUUGGAUUUAAUAAAUUUGUUUACUUGA